GAAGACCGGGAAGGCCGAGGAGAGCCCCCCAAUCCCGCGCCGAGGCGGCGGCGGCGACGGCGGCGCGACGAUGAGGAUGAUGAAUACAUUGCAAAGUUUUUUUGGCCCCGGCGAGGGGUGUCAGAUUGAGUGCUCUGUGCGCAUGUGCGAAGGUGUCCAAACUGACAAUGCUGCGGAGAUGAAGAUAGUGUGUAGCCGCUUCUGGACUCGAGGAGGAGGAGAGAGAUUCCGCGAGCCGGCACCAUGCGAUCCAAGGCGAGGGCGAGGAAGCUGGCCAAAAGUGACGGCGACAUUGUAAAUAACAUGCACGAGCCUGACCCAGACCUGCUGGCUGGCGAGAGCGCGGAGUACGAGACCGAGGACAGCGUCGUGUCCCCCACCCCCAUGGGGCCGCCGUCCCCCUUCCCCACCAGCGAGGACUUCACCCCCAAGGAGGGCUCGCCGUACGAGGCCCCCGUCUACAUUCCUGAGGACAUUCCCAUCCCGCCAGACUUUGAGCUCCGAGAGUCCUCUAUCCCAGGGGCCGGCCUGGGGGUCUGGGCCAAGAAGAGGAUGGAAAUCGGGGAGAGGUUUGGCCCGUACAUGGUGGCACCGCGGGCCACGUUGAAGGAGGCCGACUUUGGAUGGGAGCAAAUGCUGACGGAUGCGGAGGUGUCGUCCCAGGAGGUCUGCAUCCAAAAGAUCUCGGAAGACCUGAGCACGGAGAAGCUCUGCAUGGACGCUGCCCCGGCGGGGUCCGGCAGCUGGCUGAAGUACAUCCGGGUGGCCUGCUCCUGCAAUGACCAGAACCUCACCAUGUCCCAGAUCAACGAGCAGAUUUAUUAUAAAGUCAUCAAGGACAUCGAGCCUGGGGAAGAGCUGCUGGUGCACGUGAAGGAAGGCGCGUACUCCCUGGGCCCGGUGCCCCCCGGUCUGGAUGCAGGGGAGCCCACGUUCCGCUGCGACGCCUGUGACGAGCUCUUCCAGUCCAAGCUGGACCUGCGGCACCACAAGAAGUACGCGUGCGGCUCCGUGGGGGCCACGCUCUACGAGGGCCUGGGCGAGGAGCUCAAGCCGGAGGGGCUCGGCGGUGGGGGCGGCGAGCAGGCCCACGAGUGUAAGGACUGCGAACGGAUGUUCCCCAACAAGUACAGCCUGGAGCAGCACAUGGUCGUGCACACGGAGGAGCGGGAGUACAAGUGUGACCAGUGUCCCAAGGCCUUCAACUGGAAGUCCAACCUCAUUCGCCACCAGAUGUCCCACGACAGUGGCAAGCGCUUCGAAUGUGAAAACUGUGUGAAGGUGUUCACAGACCCCAGCAACCUCCAGCGGCACAUCCGCUCCCAGCACGUGGGCGCCCGGGCCCACGCCUGCCCUGACUGCGGGAAGACGUUCGCCACGUCCUCGGGCCUCAAGCAGCACAAGCACAUCCACAGCACCGUCAAACCUUUCAUAUGUGAGGUCUGCCACAAAUCCUACACGCAGUUCUCCAACCUGUGCCGCCACAAGCGGAUGCACGCCGACUGCCGCACGCAGAUCAAGUGCAAGGACUGCGGGCAGAUGUUCAGCACUACCUCCUCCCUCAACAAGCACCGGCGGUUCUGCGAGGGCAAGAACCAUUACCCGCCGGGCGGCAUCUUCGCCCCGGGCCUGCCCCUCACCCCCAGCCCCAUGAUGGACAAGGCGAAGCCGCCCCCCAACCUCAACCACGCCGGCCUGGGCUUCAACGAGUACUUCCCGUCCCGGCCGCACCCGGGCGGCCUGCCCUUCUCCGCGGCGGCCCCCCCGUUCCCCGCGCUGGCCCCGGGCUUCCCGGGCAUCUUCCCCCCGUCCCUGUACCCCCGGCCGCCCCUGCUACCUCCCACGCCGCUGCUCAAGAGCCCCCUGAACCACACCCAGGACGCCAAGCUCCCCAGCCCCCUGGGGAACCCGGCCCUGCCCCUCGUCUCCGCCGUGGGCAACAGCAGCCAGGGCGCCACGGCCGCCGCGGGGCCCGAGGACAAGUUCGAGCGCCGCCUGGAGGACUCAUACGCCGAGAAGCUCAAGACGCGGGGCAGCGACCUGUCCGACGGCAGCGACUUCGAGGACGUCAACACCACGACCGGGACGGACCUGGACACGACCACGGGCACGGGCUCAGACCUGGACAGCGACGUGGACAGCGACCGGGACAAGGCCAAGGACAAGAGCAAGGCGGCCGAGGGCAAGCCCGAGUGCGGGGGCGGCGCGGCGCCCCCGGGCGCCCCGAACAGCGUGGGCGAGGUGCCGGUCUUCUACUCCCAGCACGCCUUUUUCCCGCCGCCCGACGAGCAGCUGCUGGCCGCCUCGGGCGCCGCGGGCGACUCCAUCAAGGCCAUCGCCUCCAUCGCGGAGAAGUACUUUGGCCCCGGCUUCGUGGGCAUGCAGGAGAAGAAGCUGGGCUCGCUGCCCUACCACUCUGUGUUCCCCUUCCAGUUUCUGCCCAACUUCCCCCCGGCCCUCUGCCCCUUCGCGGACCGCUCCCUCGCCCACAACUUGCUGGUCAAGGCCGAGCCGAGGUCGCCCCGGGACGCCCUCAAGGUGGGCGGCCCCAGCGCCGAGUCCCCCUUCGACCUCACCACCAAACCAAAAGAGGCAAAGCCCGUGCUGGCCGCGCCCAAGGCGCCCCCGGCGCCAGCGUCCGGGGAGGAGCAGCCACUGGACCUGAGCAUCGGUAGCCGCGUCCGAGCCAGCCAGAACGGAGGGGGGCGGGAGCCCCGCAAGAACCACGUCUACGGGGAGCGCAAGCUGGGGGCCGGGGAGGGGCUGCCCAAGGCGUGCCCGGCACAGCUGCCCCAGCAGCCCUCCCUGCACUACGCCAAGCCAUCGCCCUUUUUCAUGGACCCCAUCUACAGCAGGGUAGAGAAGCGGAAGGUGACAGACCCCGUGGGAGUCCUGAAGGAGAAGUACCUGCGGCCGUCCCCUCUGCUCUUCCACCCCCAGAUGUCAGCCAUCGAGACCAUGACAGACAAGCUGGAGAGCUUCGCGGCCAUAAAGGCGGAAGCGGGCAGCUCCCUGCAGCCCCUCCCCCACCACCCCUUCAACUUCCGGUCCCCACCCCCCACGCUGUCAGACCCCAUCCUCAGGAAGGGCAAGGAGCGGUAUACGUGCAGGUACUGUGGCAAGAUAUUCCCCCGAUCGGCAAACCUCACGAGACACCUGAGGACGCACACCGGGGAGCAGCCGUACAGGUGUAAGUACUGCGACCGCUCCUUCAGCAUCUCCUCCAACCUGCAGCGGCACGUCCGGAACAUCCACAACAAGGAGAAGCCCUUCAAGUGCCACCUGUGCAACCGCUGCUUCGGGCAGCAGACCAACCUGGACCGGCACCUCAAGAAGCACGAGCACGAACACGCCCCAGUGAGCCAGCACUCCGGGGUCCUCACGAACCACCUGGGGACCAGUGCCUCCUCCCCCGCGUCCGAGUCAGACAACCAUGCACUUUUAGACGAGAAAGAGGACUCCUAUUUCUCUGAAAUCAGAAACUUUAUUGCCAAUAGUGAGAUGAACCAAGCAUCAACGCGAACAGACAAACGGCCGGAGGUCCAGGACCUGGACGGCAACUCCCAGUGUCCGGGCCUGGCCAGCGGGAAGCCAGAGGACGUGGAGGAGGAGGAGGAGGAAGAGGAGGAGGACGACGACGACAGUCUGGCGGGGAAGUCCCAGGACGACACCGUGUCCCCCACGCCCGAACCCCAGGGUGCCUAUGAGGACGAGGAGGACGAGGAUCCACCCACCUCCCUGGCCGUGGGCUUCGAACACACGCGAAGGUGUAUUGAGGAGCAACCAGGCGGUCUGUUAGCUUUGGAGCCGAUGCCGACUUUUGGGAAGGGGCUCGAUCUGCGCAGAGCAGCUGAGGAAGCGUUUGAAGUUAAAGAUGUGCUUAAUCCCACCUUAGACUCUGAGACUUUAAAGCAGACACUGUACAGGCAGGCUAAGAACCAGGCGUAUGCAAUGAUGCUGUCCCUCUCCGAGGAGGCUCCUCUCCACACCUCUUCCCAGAGCCCUCUGGACGCCUGGUUAAACAUCACGGGAGCCACGCCAGAGUCCGGAGCCUUUAACCCCAUCAACCACCUCUGACGGGCCCAGGACGGGCUGGGGUCUGAGUCCAAGCAAGGCAUCGUGGGGCCCCGACGUCCCAACAGAAGUCCCGGCUGCGGGAGAUGGAGAAGUGAGCCUUGGGGAGCGGCGCGGCCCGGGCCAGAGAGACCCCCCAUCACCUGUGUGGAUCACUCCUCAGCACCCCCCCCACACACACACACACUAUGGUUCAGCUCUAACUUUUCCGGUGAAAACUCAGAACCCAGGAGUCGCUGAGCGGUCCUGGAGCCCCACAGUCUAAGAAUUGGUCUCCCGAACAGCGUUCCAGAAAUGGUACAACGCACGGCCGGCCACGUGCAGCUCGCGGGAGCUGCCCACGGAACCGACCCGCCGGGUGAGGGCGGGAUUUCAGUCCCAAACUGAAGCCAGCCGGGCCACUUUGGCACCCGCCUGGUGCCUCGGAAAGGAACGGACAGACACGGGUGUGCCCUGGAAAGGGAGAUCGCCCCAACGAUUUUUAUAAUGAGAAUCACGAGAGUAACCCUUUUGGUAAUCUUAUUGACGACAGAGUCUAUUUAAGCAUGUGGUUUUAAAAAUAGACAGUAUUUUUUAAAGAAUCGAAAAAUGACUUGCAAAUUGUUUUUUAAGAGUAAUUUUGCAUUGCUUUGAAAUCUCAGCCUAUUUGCAAGCCCACACUGGGAACUGGUACCGUGUUUGGGUGUGCUCUUUAUACUGUAGAUAACGGAGAAAUUUUCUAUCCCUGACCGUGUUUGUAAAGCCGUGAUUCUGCCCCCCCCCCCACCACCCCAGCCCUGCGCAGAACCAAGGGGGCUGGGGCCCUCCCCUGGGAGCAGUUUCAGACUGUACCUCGGAAUUCUUAGACGUGGUGUCCUGGGCUGGCCCAAGGCUGGGAAGUGUGUGUGGCAUGUGAGUCGUGCCUGCGGCCCCCACCAAGACCCCCCCGAUUGAAUGGGGAAGGUGGGAGCCGCGGCCCUGGUCCCCUGUGCAAGGGUGGGCUUGGCAUCCCACGCUCCUGCCCACACGGCCUGCACAUCAGCCACACCCACGCCGGCCACCCUGCCGAAGGGGGGCCCCGCUGGCCACACCGGGUCUCCAGCCCGACCCCCACCCGCACCGUCAGACGGACAAGGGGGAGAGUGGGCAUCCCCCGUGGCCGCCGUGGGGCGCGUUCUGCGGCUCCCCUGCCCGAGGCCGCCCGCCAGGCUCUGUGCCCGCGUGAGACCCGGGCUCCAGGACACGACCACCACCUCUGCUCCACGCGCGGCUUCCUGGCGGGCCGGCCCGGCUCCAGGACGGAAGGGCAUCCAGGUGGGACCUGCCUCGGGAGCAAAGACAGCACAGCCCGGUCGGGACGGGUCUGCUUCUCCACUCGGAUGGGCUUUAAGUUAUUCCCGUAGGGGCCAAUUUCAACUCACAAUUCGUUUCCCUGAUGGAAUUUACCUGAAUCUGUAUAUAACUUGUAAUUUUUUCUAAUUCAUUUCUUUUCUUAUUUUAUUUCUUCCUUAACAGUAUUUUGGCAUUAGACAUUCUUAUUGUGAAGAAAUAUUGUUAAUAUAAGUAUCUAGUGAAGGACCAAAACCGUGUAUAAGGUUGUGUGUUGUGUGAUUGAUAACCAGGGAGCGGGGAGGUUUUAAAUGUGCCAAAUACCCCCGCGCCCCCCGACGGAUCCUGCUGCCCCGUUUCCAGACAAUCACGUGUUUUUGUUAAAUUAGAGUCUCAGUUACCUUUGCAUUUAAGACAAGUGUUCUAUUUAUUUCUUUUAUUGUUUGGAAGAAAAAAAAAAAAAGAGUGUCCCAACAAGAAGAGAAAAAGAUCGCCCAAGUGGCCCUUAAAAAAGAAUGUAGACGCAAGCGGUGAGGGCGCGGCCGCACCUGAGGACGGGGGGUCUGGCGGGGGACGAGUCCUUGGCUCUGGCCCAGGGGCAGCAGGCAGGCCGGAGCAGCCGCGCCCCCGGGUCCCCCCCGCCGCUCCAGGCCAGCGACAAUCGUCUGUGUCGGCGCUGGAGGCCCGCGUGGGGCCCGCGGGCCCCGGCGAAAGGGUUCCCACCCCGCUCUCGGUCCACAGGAGGCAGCAAGACCCAGCCGGCCUCGCGGGCGCCCAGGCCGCUCACACGCGUGUGUGGCUAGAAGGUGGCCGCGCUCCAGGAAGAGCUGAGGCUUUGCAGGCGGGGCCCCCUCACCUCCUCACACGCACCCACCUCCACCCCGGGCCCGCCAGGCGUGGCGUGGGCUUUCCGAUUUCCCCUCCAUCCGCGUCGGACCGUUUCGCAGAGCCGACCUUGGACGUAAACGCCCACUUCUGUAAACCCAAAUUACAUUUCUUCUGCUAAAGAGUAAGGUGUGUGCUUUUUUUUGCGAUAUGCCUCUCUCCGCCCAAAAGAGGAAGUUUGGCCGGUAGAGACCUGAGUGCCUGUUCUCCGUGGUCCCAGAUAAGGGGCGUUGUGUCCUUUCCGGCCAGUCCCGGCAGGCAUCUUUCUCUUUCCCUCCCUCCCAGCACCCCAUGCACAUCUUGAGUCCUUACCUUUGUCCCCCUGAGAACAGCUAGAGCACUAGCCCCAUUUCUCCUAAACAUUCAGUCCCGUGGGCCCAAGCACUUGACAGAUCCGGGGGGGGGGGGGGUCUGUCCCUGGACCCCCGACAGAGUGACCAUUUCCUCCCCACGCCUGGCACUUCUCCCCGCCCCAGACCACAGGGAGCUGCCCUCCCUGCGGUUCUGCAUCUCCGGGCCACAGCACCAGCACGGGCCAAUCAGGCCCAGCCCGGACGGUGGGGGGCCGGGGAGCCGGACGGCCAGAAUUCUGAGACCCCAGCCUCAGGGCACGGCUGCAACAGGGGAACGGGCUGGCUGGCCGUGUCCUUGGGUGGUGGCCAGGGUCAGGCCCGUGCACUCGGUCACCACCGGGCCAGGGUCCUUCUGUCCAGCCUCGACGGUGUUCUUUCUUUGGACGAUUGACAUCCCCUAAUGGAAAUUCAGAAGGAAGCCUCCUUGCCCUGCCCUCCGUCCCUCAGACCUCGGCCGCCAGCGGCCGCCGUCCCACUCCACCCCCGCCGCUGCUCUCGGCCCCGGGACAAUUGGGUAGGACGCAUGGAGCUCCGAUCCUUUGGCUAGACAGGGCCUUCAUGAGUAGGCCCCAGAGACGCCCUGUUCUGAACCCAGGGGUGUGCACUCCUGCAGCCCGCCUGGGACCCCGGGUGCGCAUCAGUGGACAGGGUGAGCCCCUGCGGCCUUCCCGUCCGAGGCAGGAGCACAGCCGGUCUGCCCAGACCCUGAAAGGCCCAGCGCCUCCACGGCCCGAGCCUGGCCCCGGAAACUCGCAGGGCCCUCGGCCCUCUCUGUCCUAGCUGCUUCUUCAAUGAGCGUUCGCAAAGCACUUGCCCAAAUACGUGUCACCCGUGGUAGCCUUGAAGCCUCGAAGCACUGGAUUGUGGUCCCCCCGCCCCAUCCCCCCGUCCCUCGUCCCCCUGCCCAAGUGACUGAAAUCUACUGAGCUGUAUUUACUGUGCUGCCCGGGAGAGAGGCGAGGGGGCAGCGCCACCCAGGAGAGCCGGGUACCUCGCUCCCGGCCCGGCUAGGGUGGCGAGGCCGCGGCCGCUCCCGGUCGGUGGAGGUCAGCCGGGAAUCAAAAGCCAUGAAACUGUCUGUGCAGCAGCGAGCAAUACUGUGACAAGACAUUCCUGCGUGAGUCCAGGAGCCUUCCCUCCCUCCCUGCAUUCCAGUUUUGUGGUGUUUUUCCUUUCUGUCCCCGAUUCGUCCUACGGCUUUGGGAAAAGAAAGAAAAGAAAACAAAGCAAAAGGCAGCUUGAGUUUCCAAUCGUGCAAUUCACUCGUGAGCAGAGCACUUCCCAAGGUGUCUCUCGGUGUGUUUCCUACCGUCGGUGUUCCCGAGACGAGGGAGGCUGAGCCCCCGUGUCAGAACACAUCACGUGUGCAUAUGUAACUGCUGGCAAGACCCCCCCCCCCCACUUGCCCUUGUUCCAUUACAGAUUCGGUUCAGUUUGUUUUCUGGGUUUUUGUUUCGUUUUUCUUUUAGAACUGUAUAGUGUUGAAAAAGAAAUCAAGUGUAAAUGUCAGGCUUUCAGAUAAUGUUUUUUAAAAAAAAAAAAAAAACCAUUGAGAAGGAGGCAGGUGUGUGUCCCAUGUCCCCCUGAUUGUAAAUUGCUUCUGUUACCAGUAAACCGUGCAUGGCUCGUGUUUAGCGGUCAUUACUGUGUCUGUUCGUGAAAUUUUUAUGAAAAGGAGAAUUCCGUAGAUGCACUUGUUGAAUUACGUGAUUAGGGUCUACGUCCUCCGGACUAGGAGCUCAGAACUGCUCACGCCAAAGCGCAGUUCUUAAUCGACGCGGAAAUCGCUGACGACCGUGAAGUCAAAGACACCCCGUGUAGCAAAUCAUCGAGAGUGAUUCUGCAGAUUUCGUUUUGAUGCUUGUGAUAAAGACAGAUGUACUUGUGUCGAGAAACGUCUUUAAGAUGAAGGCUAGAGCAGCCGAUCGGAGGUUAAUGCUGUAGAAUAGGACUAUAUGUAAUCUUUCCGAUGCUACAAUGAAUUUAUACAUGAGAUUGAUACGCAAUAAAUCUGUGUGCUUUUCUAAG